GCAGGCAUUAUCUGAUACAGUCAACAUUAGAAAGAGAGAAAAAAGCAUGUUUUAAGGCAAGAACAAGCUAAGCCUUGAAAGAGACUUGAUCGCAAAAGAGUGGCGCUAACCUGGAAGUUCUAUUGAGGCGCAAUCAACCUUCAGCUUUAUUUUCUAUUCAGAACUUCGACUACUUCUUGUUCAUCCAUCAGAUUCAGUGCAGUGUACGCAGGAAAAGUCAGCAGCUCCCGGGGCUCUCCAUUCUGUUUUCUCAAUUCAUCAAUCCACCAAUUCGCUUCUUUCUCGAUUUUUGAUCCUGUAUCAUUUAUCUUUAUCUACUUGAAUGUUAUCCAGUCUGUCUGAUUAUGUUCAGCGAGAUAGCAGCCCUCGUAGCCCUGGAUAAUUACGUCGUCUAACACUGUUUGCGAUUUAUUCAUUAUACCCAGAUUCCAUAUACGAUCAAAUCGCAGCUAAGCCUUAUGAUCCAGCAGAAAUCCCAGCCUCGCAACAAUUUACAACCCAGUAGUGAAGACUCGACAUGAGAGCUUGACUACAUCACGAGCGUUAUCAAGAUCGCGAAUCAAGAAUCAGUGAAUCAAAGUGUCAAUUUUUGACCCAUUAUAACAUAUCGAGUUCAUGGCCUCAGAGCAAGAAACAAUUUCCGCGACCGUACCAGGUUUUGCCGCGAACUUAUCAGACCCCGCCACUAAAUCUACUCCCGCAACUUCAAGUCAUCCCGAAUCCGACAAUACUAGACCAAGGUCCUUAAAACGAGGUCGGGCAGAUCAAACACAACCUCCGACGACAAGUCUUACAUCAAUCGCGAACGCGGGGCUGGUUGUUUCGCCUUCAAAAGCACCGCGAUUCGGCGGCACGUUCUCGCCCGUAUUUCCUGCUGCGCCGCUCACUGGGGCAACGGCCUUUGAAGACGAACGACGGAAGAAGGAAGAAGCGCAGAAAAGCCAAAUCGGCGCCAUGAGCAAGAAUCCCGGUCAUGAGGCUAUCGCGUCUCUUUUGGGCGGAGGAGGAGUGAACGUGAGCAGACCGCAGGACGCUCCCAUCGUUGCAACCACCAUGAGUGAGGGUAUGUCCGCAGCUGCAAAUUCAUUGACAAUUCCAACCACUAUGCCAUUUGACGAAAGGCCUGAAACCAGCCCGGCGAGCGUGGCAAGCCUUGCAAGCUUGGGUAGCACGGCUCAAACUGCAACCGCGAGUCCUACAAUUGUCGCCAGUCCACCUGCCAUGACAAAUUCUUUAGAGACCGAUGGUCGAGAUGCGCGAUCAGGUCUUAGUCAGCUUCAAGCUGCCAUGGACGAGCAGCCCUCGAACAAGUCUAUGUCAUUCCCAGGCAAUUUGGCACAGAUAGAUCCGUCACAAUAUCCUUCCCGCGGGAUGAGCUUACCUAUGCCCAAUCAAAACCAGCAACUCCUACCAAGGUCGCCUUCUCAAAAGAAACACAAAUGCCCUUACUGCGAAACUGAGUUCACUCGACACCAUAAUCUGAAAAGUCACCUUCUGACACAUAGUCAAGAAAAGCCUUACGUGUGCCAAACUUGCCAAAUGAGGUUUCGUAGGUUACACGAUUUGAAACGUCAUAUGAAAUUACAUACCGGAGAGCGCCCUCAUAUUUGCCCAAAAUGCGAUCGAAAAUUCGCGCGUGGUGAUGCACUUGCUCGUCAUAGCAAAGGCCUCGGCGGUUGCGCCGGAAGGAGGGCGAGCAUGGGAAGUUUCGGAGGGGACGACGAAUUUGAUGGAACCAAUGUAGGGGAAGCUGAUGAGAAUGGAAUGGAUGGAAUAAUGUAUACGAAUGGUAACCCCCAUCCCAACGAAGUAGACAUGUCUGAAGAAGACGGCCGACGGUUUAGUCUGCCUAGUAUCAAAGCACAGCAUGUGGCUGGUAAUAGUGGUAGCCAAGAUAGUUACGGCUCUCACUCACGUACUCCAAGCACCUAUCCUCCUGCUGGGCCGAGACAAAAUGCUCCUACAGGUCUUUAUCCUCCCGGUACAGAUCGCGUGGGCUCUUCUAGUUCGGCUACAUCACCUAGCAUGCAGAACAAUGUUAUUGGUAUGCACACACCAAGUAACAGUGUCUCAUCAAUGCAUCUCGGCACUAGUCCUGGUUCGAUGUUCUCCCAAAGUGGUAUGACUGAGAGUCCUAAGCCACUAAGUCCAGCCGGUAUGCAUUCACACCAGCUCGGCCACGAUUCUACCUCAAUCACCAGACAACGAUCACCCAGCUUGACCACUCAAUUUCAGCAACAGCACUUUGGUCGUCAUCAGUCUGGAAGGAGUCCACCUCCUGGAAUGUCUUUACCAUCGCCACACAGCACACAGGGACCAAAACUCCCGGCUCUGGCUGGCUUAGCCCCCCCUGAUACAAGAUUUACAUUGUCAAGUCAACUAUCCAAUCAACAGAGCCCUGGAAAUAAUCAACAAGGUUCUCAGCAGCAGCAACCAAUACAGCAGUCGUCAUCUCCUACUUCGUUGUUCCAACCUUCCAACCCCCUCCAAAGUCGAGGCCCACCAAGCCAUCAGGGCAGUGGUGAUAGUAGUAACAAUUUGUUUGCAUCUGGCGCCUCGGGCGUUUGGGCAUAUGUCACUACACUAGAGGAAAAACUCAAGCUAUUUUCUGACAGAGUAAUUGCCAUGGAAGCUAAAGAGAAGAGCCAGGAAGAAAAGAUUAAGGCUCAAGACGAGAAGGUGAAUCAAUUGUCAGAGGAGCUUCUUGCUGUCCGUAGACAAUUGAGUUCUCAGAACCAAGGAACAUCAUAGCAACAAUCACCAUAGGACGCAAGUAUACGCGGCUGUUCUAUACCAAAAUCACUUGUGGUGUACAAAGAUAUCAUGGCGUUGAGUAGCGAAAAUUGGGGUCACGAUACGCUUUGCGUGGACAACGAACCUUAUGCACGAAUUUCACUUCUUUAGUGGAGGAGGCGUUUUAUUUUGGGAGGUGUCUUCACGGGACUUUCAAAAAAUGGUAGCACUACUUCUUCAUAGAACUUGGCUGGCUUUCUCUCAUUGUCGGCAUACCGGGUUAUUUCUCUCUUUAUUCAUGGUGAAGAUAUUUCGGUAGGAAGAGGUUUGAGGGAGGGGUGAGAUAUGUAUUUAUAUUUUUGCUGCAAUCACAGAAUCGCAGCGGUUUGCGGUCUCAACGUAUUUUUUUGCCGAGUUGGAAGUUUAUGAGUUUUUAGCAUGAGAAUAUGUGAUGAAAGGCACCAUUUGAUGGAGACCUACUCUUUUGGAAUAAGAUUGAAGCUAUGAUUAUGCAACCUCAAGUCCUGGUCUUCUAAAUUCUACAUUAUUAAGACAGAAUGUUGAUAUUCGCAUGUAGACAGACAUUGAGCAGGGGGUAGAAUCGAAGGGCGGAAACACGAGAAGAAAAUAAUAGAAACCUGACAUCGAAUUGCUUACA